AUCCCGCAGACAGCCGCCGUCGGACAAGUCACGCUCGACUCUCGAGUUGAAAAGUUGUACGUUCGAGUGGAGGUCCGUUGCCUCUGCAAGUGUUAUUAAUUUUUGUCUGGAUUCAUAGUUCAGUGCUGUUGAACCGAACUCGGUGCGAGUGGAUUAUUCAAAUCACCGUAUUUCAUAGCCCACUGUGUACACUGUUUUAUAAAUUCUCCGGAGGGUGUUGAUUUGUCAUCACGGUUUUGCUUCCGUAUUGGUGAGGUGUAUGUUUUCAUGUUUUUCAAAUCGGUCCGAAGCAUCACGCUCACUUGCAGUCAGUACUAGGACCGUGUGGCAGUGUAGGUGUGUUUUAUGCACGUACACACCGUCGAGAAGAAGACGUCCACGAAGCAAAAGUGACAGCUCCUCUGAUCUUGUCGCACGUCCGAUACACUCCAGGUGAGUUGUAAGCAGCAUUUUUCUCGUGCUACAGAGGUGGAAAUUGUGCGAAAAAAGUGGAGAAAGUCUAGUGAAAAUCUGCAUUAAAGUUUUCAGCAAGGAUUUGAUGUGUUUUCUCCGCUGAAGCGCACACAGUUCGGUAGUGGAGUACUGCACCAGCUAUUUUGUAUGUAGAUUGAUUCAAUGGCUAGCGCGUUGAUGGAGUGAAAGGGGUGCAGUGAGAAUUGCUGAGCUAAGCAAUCAAAAUAAAUUGUGUGUUUUCAUUGCGGAAAAAUGGUUGUUUAGGCAACCAAACGGCAUAGGUAAAAUUGUGGCAAAUAAUAAGUGAUCUGUGCAAUUUGGAUAUACUCGAGGAAUCGCCCAGCUAGCAACGGAAGAAAAGUGUGAAACCCUAGCAGACGGUGUCUACCAAGUUGUAAGGCAAAGAAGCAAACCUUGGCUGAUAUCAUUCUUCAAGGCAGGCGAGACUGUGUGAUAUUCCGUCAUCCAUAGCCAAUCGACAAACGGGAAUAACAUUCAAGUUUUGAAGAUGUGCCUUCCUCACCGGUCGUACUGAAAGUUGCAGUCGGUAGGAGAUUCACAUGCGACACCGCUCACCAGUCACGGGGCGUAGCCGUCGUGAUUAGAGUGAGUCGGACGGACCGAGGUAGACUGGUCCUGGACGGUAGGGACGAAGGAGUAACAGCAGCAGAAGCAGUAACAGUAGCAGUAGCAACAGCAGCAGCAGCCCCAAUCACAGGUCUGCGAGCAGGAGUAGCAAAAUGCCGUUACCGAAACGGCUCAUCCAGCCGGUGUACGUGGCCCGGUCGGUCUACGUGCGAGAAGAACUUCCGGCCGAGCUCGAAACGGUAACCAACACAACCCUCACCAACAUCGUCCGGCAGUUGUCGUCGCUGUCGAAACAUGCAGAAGAUCUGUUCGGCGAACUAACCCGGGACGCCGGUAAUUUGGCAGAGCGAGCCAAUUCGCUGCAGGCGCGAAUCGAUAGGCUGGCUAUUAAAGUGACCCAGUUAGAUAGCACGGUCGAGGAAGUAUCGCUGCAGGAUAUUCAGCUGAAAAAGGCAUUCAAAAGUGCCACUAUGUUUGACCAGCAGAUUUUCUCCAGACAGACUAUGCCGACGGCAAUGUUGGAGGUUUACCAGGCUUGUGAUAAACCACCGCCACUGGAUAAACUCAACUGCUACCGAGACGACGGAAAGGAUGGACUGAAAUUUUACACUGACCCGAACUACUUUUUCGAACUUUGGCGACAGGAAAUGCUAAAGGACACCGAAAGGGUAAUGCACGACCGCGGUAAGAAGGUUCACAAACCACGCGGCACCGAUGGUGGUGUGGAAGGUGGUCGCCAGAAGAAACGGCCUCGGGCGCCGCACAACACACGCGAAAAGCAACGACAGCGAGCGAUUGGCCACGGUGAAACCCUAAUGCCUAACAAUGUGAUCUAUCGGACGCCAAGUGCGAUUGCAGCGGCCAACGAAGAAGCGAUUUACAACAGCACAAUGGGUGGCAAUAUAAUCUACGAUUCGCGAUCAGCGGGACCAGCGAGACCAAAUUCCAUCGAAUUAAGACGAAGUUACCAGCCGGAAACAGUGGACGGAGGAGGAUACGCACCUUCUUCGCCGCACUAUCAACAGCAAAUGGCACAACAAAACAACUACCAGCCACCCUCGAUGUACGAUGAAUUCCACAACCAAUCGAUGUACGGAAACAACAUGAACCAAAUGUCCCAGGAAAGUCUGUACGCACCGGGAACCCCGUCACGGUCCAAAUCCCGACCGUCACAACCCCCGCCAGCACCACCGUCAACGGGAAGUGGCGGAGGAACACCGAAUGUAUCGAAUGCCAACACUCCCACGCGCGGUCGAAGUAUGUCAACCGGACGGGACAAUCUUCCACCACCGCCACCCAUUCCGGAGGGUCUCCAGUCGCCACCGAACAUUCCCAACGGUGGAGCGAACGUUGCCGCUAAACUUCUGAACCGAGCCAACUCGAGAGCUGGCUCUCCCCAGCUCGGUGCUAAUGGACAACCAAUACAACCCCAGCAACCACCGGUCGGAAUCCACGGAGGACCUCCGCAACCACAGGCGAUAAUCGACCAGAACCAGAUUGCGUUGGCCCAGCUGAACCAGCAAAUCAAUAAUCUGAACAAUCUUAACAUGCAACUUAAUCAGCUGUCGAUGAACGAUCUACCACCGCCGCCACCGAUUCCGGAACAGCUAUCACCGAAACAAUCACCACCGAAUGUAGCGCCUCCUCCACCACCGCCGCCUCCGCCAGUACUGGACGGACCGUUGAGUCCUACGAAACCACCGAUGACCAACGGCGAUGUGAUCGGUGGGCCCAUGCCCAACGGCAAUCUCAUCAUGGGACAAAUGCACCAACUGAAGAAGAUUCCUCCACAGGAAAAAAUUGCCUACGAGGAUCCGCGUUCCGAUCUGAUGAAAGCCAUUCGGGAUGGAAUCAAACUGCGCAAGGUAGAACAACGGAUCGACGCCAAGGAAAACGAUCGCACCAUCGAGCGGCUGCAUGACGUGGCCUCGAUUCUGGCGCGGCGCGUCGCAAUCGAGCUGAGCGAGUCGUCCGACUCGGAAAGUGACGACGAUAGCGAGGGCUGGAUGGAGAACGAAACGUCCGCAUGACAGCACGAGAACGCUGCCACGGCUGGCGCCGUCGCAGCCGGAGGAGGUAAAAAGAAGUAGACUAGAACGACGGAACACUGUGUGUGUGUGUGUGGAUUGGGUGAGAGGGAGAAGGGAAGUAAUGCGAUAACGAUCGAUCGGGCAAAGUUCGGCUUAUCGAAGCAAUUGAGGCGAUAGAUUAUUCGAACAGUUUGCAUUUAAUUGGCAAAUGGUUUCGAAACAGAGUGAGGAUUCAAAAUCUGGAAAUAAACUGUUCCCGACUUUUCGUUUCACGGUGCGAGCUAGACAAUGUUCGAUUGAUUCCGAUUAGUGUUAGUUGAGAUUAAAAGAACACGAACGCCAAUCUGUACGAUGCGAAGGCAUCCUGACAACGUCGAGAGAGAAACAGUGAUAUUGGAAAAGAUGUAUAUUUUUAUUGUAAUUAUACUAAGUUAUUUAUUAACGAAGGAAAGGAAAAAAUAGGAAAGG